AUGACUGACCGUGAUCAGCCAUAUGAAAUUAUUCUGCUGUCACAAUCUGUUGAUCCAAAUCAUGUUCGAAUACAUACAGAUCGGGAGAAUCGAAAUAUGAAAAUAAAAGAUCUGAGCGCAAUGAAUGGAACUUUUGUAAAUAAUGGUCGAACUGAAUCUCAACGUGAAAUUGAUCUUAAACACAACGAUAAAAUGUCGAUUAACUCAGACCCUACAAUUUUAAUUGUCAAAAAACAGGAUGCCAACGAUGUUAGUUUGAAAGGGCAGUCGGCUCAGUCAAAGAUGUUACACUCCCCCUUUGGAUUUGAUGCCCCGUCAUGUGAACAACGACAAUCAAAUGGUUUUCUUAUCGAACGAAUGUUAAAUGAUGAAAAUAUCGAUAGACAAAAUUCUCUUAGUAAUCCAACGUCCUAUAACACUGUCAUAAGUAAUUUUCAACCAUCGAUCGAUUAUAAUGAAGAUGCAUCCAGCGAUGCUGGUACUUAUAUCAUCGAUAUUGAACACCGUGAUUUUGAUGUUGAAGAUAACGAUGAUAAUGAACAAAUAGAACCUCAACAACAAUACCAGCAACACCUUGAAAGCCCAUUAGCGUUUAAACGUUAUACAUCAAGUAAACGGCACGGAACAUAUAAUUUAAAUGGUAUCCAAUCAUCUCCCCGAGAAACAACUCCCCCAAUGUUACCUGCAAUGUCAACAGUUUAUGCACGACCUGUCGUUAUACCUGAUCGUGACCUCACCGAAUCACUAUCGUCUUCGUCAUCCUCAUCAUCUUUAUCAAAAAUUCGCCUUGAACCUGAAGGUAAUGAUCAAACAACAACACAAGAAUCAGUCACUGAACGUGCCAUGGUCUAUGCUCGUCAGAGACCACAAGCGUUAAUUACAGAUCCAGAUAGUAGUAAUGUGAAAGCUAAAAGCAAUACUAAUUGUUCUUUCAUAGCUAGUCAAAUAAUAAAACCGGCCGAAUGUUUUGUUAUAUCACCCAUCAUUGAAAGAAAAACGAUAAUAAAUGCCAAUGAAAAAAACUUAAAUAUUACAAGAAAGAAUAAUCGACUACAUCCGGCUGGAGCAGCCAAUAUGUUAGUGAAUUAUUCUUCUAAAGUCAAAUCAGCUCCUUUGUCAUCUUCAACACUCAAUGAUACUACUACCAUACACCAAAAGGAAUUAGAUAAUAAUUCAAUCGCAAAUGAUAUCAAUUCUUUACCGUCAACAACAGCAACAUUUUCACCAGUGACGACUAAAGAUGAUACAGAAAAUUAUUUUGCUCGCUCACAACAACUAACAACAUCAUCGGUAGUAGCAAGUUCUUCGAGCGAUGAAUUUCAGAUGCAAAAUAUUCGAACACUACCAUUGGUUGAAAAAUCACUUCAAAAUGCUGAUAUGUUAUCAAAAUUAUUUGCUGCAAUUCCUUUCAGCCACUCACCGCGUCAACAUGUGAUCGAUCAGCAAACAUUUCAACGUAAUGCUCCGAUACGACAAACGAUUCCUAGUUAUUCUAGAGAAUCUUCAUCGAAAAUACCCGAUCUAAUGUCUAGUUCAUUAAUUGGUGAAUUACCAUCAUCACAUACAUCAUCACGCUCAAAUUCAAUUGCCGAUGAUAUAACAUCUCAUCCAUCGCUGUCUAAAGUAUCAGUGAAUAAAUCAUUUGCACUAAGAAGACAACGCUCGAGCGUAAGUACUACAAAUAAAGUACAACAACAAACACAGUCACAACCAUUAUCUAUAACAAAACCUGUUCAACGUCCGACAUUCACGAAAUCUCAAAUACCUCCUGCUCAAAUUUAUAAACCUACUGACUGCACAUAUUUGGAUCGACAGUCAAGUAUAAAUAGUCAAACAAAUCGAGCUGUUGAAUUACGUAAAGCUCGAGCUCGUGCAAAAAUCGACGAAUUAUCACAGCGAACGAAACAACAGCAGCAACAAUCACAAGAACAACAAACGAUGACUAAUCAGCAAUUAAUGACAGCUUCAUUAUAUAAUGGUAAAACUAAUUUAGGUUCAAGUAAAAGAAAGGAUAUUCGUUCAACUUAUCGUCCAACAACUAAACAGUCGCUUGAUGUGCCAACACAUCGUUCAUCAUCAGCAAGUCCAAAUACGUCAAAUGAUGAUUGGAUUACCACUCCAACCAGAACUAAUCAGCAACAACAACCAACAAAAUAUCGUCUAUCAAAACCAUUAGAAAAGUCAUUAUCAAUAGAUGAGCAUUAUACCAGUAAAAUGGAAACCUUAGUAAAUGAAACUGAACCGCAGGAACGCUGUGAAGUACUACGUGACGAUGGUCAACGACUAGUGAUUAAACUAAUUCAGUUAUCAUCUGGCAUUUUAGAAAAGCUUAAAAUAAACGAAGAUGGAACGGAUGACGAUACAAAUGUCAAGGAAUUAGAGAAAGUGAUUGAUAAAUUGCAAGCUGUAAAUAAAACAUUGAGCACUAUUGAUGCCGUGUUAUCAAUGUCAACAAAUAAUGAUCCGUUAUUUUUACCAACAUCAUGGUCUCAAAUGACGCCAAAACAAAACUAUCGAUCAUCAACAAAUUUUGAAUGA